GCUGCCGCCGCCACCUGCCGGGUGGGAGGAGAAUGUGGCACAACAAGGAGAAGACCACCGAGGCCAGGACCCCAUUACCCCCUCAGGCCCCCAUGACGAGCCGUACUCCUACUCCGGCUAGAGCCGAGGCGGUCGGCAGCGCUCCAGAACCUGUUGGCAGUCUCCAGAACCAUUAUCAUAAUCUGUGUAUGGAAAAGUUCCAGAAAAUUAACCCUUUUCUAUUGCAUACACUCCAAGGAGUGGAUGAAGAAAUCAAAAAGGGAUUGACAGGAAUCACAUUAAACAUUGCUGGUAACAGUCACUCAGUUCCAGUGGAAAGAGUCACAGGUGAACAUUUUUGGAUUCUUUCCAAAAUUUUAGAGAAGAAUCUUUCUAUUAAUGGUUUGGAUGUUAGAUAUAACCUCAUAAGUGAUGUUGGUGCAUACUAUGCUGCAAGACUGCUUCAGAAACAACACAGUCUCAUUUACUUAAACCUCAUGUUUAACGAUAUUGGGCCCAAAGGUGGAGAACUGAUUGCUAAAGCACUACAUAAAAAUACAACUCUGAAAUACCUAAGAAUGACUGGAAACAAGGUCGAAAAUGAAGGUGGGAUGUUUUUUGCUGCUAUGCUACAAAUUAAUUUGUCCUUAGAGAAGUUAGAUCUGGGCGAUUGCGAUCUGGGAAUGCAAAGUGUGAUAGCAUUUUCUACAGCUCUGACUCAAAACCAAACAAUUAAAGGAAUAAACCUAAACCGACCUAUACUGUAUGGUGAACAGGAAGAGUCCACAGUUCACCUAGGCCACAUGUUAAAAGAAAACCACUGCCUUGUGGAACUGUACAUGAGUAAGCAUGACGUAAGAAACUCUGGCCUCAAGCAGCUGAGUGAUGCACUGUAUCUGAACAAAAGCCUGCGCUACCUUGAUAUCAGCUGCAAUAAAAUAACUCGUGAUGGAAUCAUUUCUUUGGCCGAUGUCCUGAAAAGCAACACUACCUUGGAAGUAAUAGAUCUUUCUUUUAACAGAAUAGAAAAUGUAGGAGCACAGAAACUCAGUGAAACUCUUGCUUCACACAACAGAAGUCUUAAAGCGUUGUCAGUAGUCAGCAAUAGCAUAGAGGGAGAAGGACUUGUUGCACUUUCACAAUCGAUGAAAACAAACACCACACUCUCUAAUAUCUACAUUUGGGGAAACAAAUUUGAUGAGGCUACAUGUGUGGCAUAUUCCGACUUAAUUCAAACGGGCCGUCUAAAACCAGACAAUACAGAUGUGGAGCCGUAUGUGGUGGAUGGACAUGCGUACCUUGCAGAAGUCUCCAAUGGCCUUAAAAAGUACUAUUACUGGACACCAACUUAUGGAGAUGCUUGCAGCCUCUCAUCUAAUGCAGGUUUUAGUAUUGUGCCAGUAGGUAAACAGCUGUGAAAGAAGGCUCUUAAAUGUUCAUACAUUUGUCCUAUUACAUUCACAGAUUAGUAUUUUAUUAAUCUGCCUAUUAACUUUCAUAAAUUAGAACAAGUUACUUUUGUCAAAUACAUAAAAGAUAU